GACUUUCCAUCAUGAUUAGCAAGCCCACUAAGUAUAGCGUAUGUUUUCUUAUGGUGAUUGAUACUUCAAUUUUCAUAGUAGAGUUUCAUGUAAUUUUCUCAAUUUUAAAAUUCUUUCUCUCUCCUUAAUUUUUGCUAAAGGUAAAUUGGUAAUUGGCUAACAUGGAAAAAACUAAUUUUGUCACUAUGUGUUGUGUCUUUGCAUUUUUCAAUUUAAAUUUUGUGGUUUUUAUCUUUGUUUUUAUCUCUUUCUAACUUCCUCAAAAAUUUCCUCCAUCGUACAAUAGUUUGCGCCCCUUUCACUUCCCAGUACAAGGCGACCUUUGAAAAUCGAUCAUUCGGUAUCUCUUGGCACGCGGUUUUAUUGUUGGGGAUUUAAGUUGGGCAAGUAAAAGAGUUUAAUCAAUAAUGGAGUUGCAGAAGGAGGAUUCGAAAUUGAAUUUUUGGUUGAAACAUAUGUCUCUUGAGAUAAAAAUUUGGUUGUACAAUGAAGAGUGGUGGCUAUUGGAUCUUUAUGUUUAUGAUUUUUACAUCUAUCACAACCUAUUUAUAUCUUAAAACGAGGAAUCAUUGAUUGAUUUAUUGAAGUAGGUCGAUUCUUUAUUCAACCUACUGGAACUGAUAGACAAGGAGUGUGUAAUUUUGUGCAUUAUUACUUUGAUUGAGUCUAUUAGUAUGUUGGAGAUAACCCUAAUUUUGUCGUUUGCUCUCAAGUUUUGAUGAUCCCCUCUUAGCUGAGUUGUUAGUAUAUAGUUGACUUGAAUCAACAACUCUCCAUUUCUUUUUGAUUAGUGACAUAUUGUUCAUUAAUGGAGCGCAUUAAACCCUUAUGUAGGAUUGUGAGGUGAUUUAGUUUCAAACUAUCUAAUGGCCGUGUGGAAUUUCACUGAGCUUUUAUACCCUCUUUUUUGACAAUCAACUAACCAAUAGUAUUUUAACGAUGACUUAAUUAUCAUUAUGAAAAUGAAAUUAAUGAUACAUUUUAUAUUUUAUAUUCUUAAAUGAUGAUGGUAUUUCUCUGAAUGUUAGACCUACAUAUUCUUUCUUUAUGUAUCAUCUCAAUCGAAGGAUUGUCAAUAAAAUUAAACCGGUUGAUUGACUUAACAUAACAUAAAAAUAAAAAUAAUCGAAUAAAAACAUUCCGGCCAAUGGGCCGGGUUAUAAGCUAGUAUAAUUAAUUAUCCUAUAUUCUUAUGCCCCGUAAGUGUUGCAUUCAAAUCUCAAACCAUCCACGUGGCAUGCUAUGACCGGAUAUGACAACAUCAUCCCCACAAAUUAACACGACACCUCACAGCCUGACGUGGCUCUUUAAUCCUACGUGCACUCGUACAGCGCCAGCUGUACAACUAACCUCCGCUCUUUCCAAAUUCCAUGUUUCCCAAUCUCCGUCAACCAUUAUUACACAACUCAGCCAAUGAUAUCUUGACACAUCACCAUCCCGCGUUUUUGGCUGCGGGAACACUCGUGCAGACCGUACUCCUCCGUCACACUGGAACGGACUAUAAAACGGAGGAAGAAAGCUUCAUCUACAAGCUUCGUUUCUUCCAUAUAUACAAAGCCCCUCUAAACCCCUGUCUCUCUCUCUCUCUCUCGCUCUUUUCUGCUCCGGCCGCGCGAUUGCUCUCGGUCUCGUCUCGCCGGCAGAAAAACCUCUGAAAUUAUUCGUUUCAAAGCGCUGAAAUUAGAUGCCGUUCACUCUCCCGCCGGGUUGCCGGUUCUACCCUUCCGACCAGCAGCUGCUGUGUUACUACCUGUCCAAGAAGAACGACGUAGAAAGCGACUAUCGAGGGGAUGAUGGCAAUGGAUACGAUUUGAUAAAGGAGCUCGACUUGUAUGAUUACGAGCCGUUUGAUUUGCCGGGGGAUUCCUGUUAUUCGUACGGUUCAAUGGGGAUGAAGAAGCACUGGUUCUGUUACGCGAAAGUUAGGGUUUCGAAGGGGGGAAACAGGGGUGAUGGGAGGAGGCGCGCCAAGGGAGGGUAUUGGAGAAGGAUUGGUAAGGUUAGAGACGUGGCGGACGCCACCGGGAAUGCGGUUGUUGGUACCAGGACUCGAUUUGUGUUUUAUUUGGGGAAUUCUAUGAAGAGUGCUCUGAGGACUGACUGGGUGUUGUACGAAUACGCGCUGAUUGAUCACUCCAAGGCUUCUUUUGUCUUGUGUAGAGUAUUCGUUAAGACCCGUGGUGGAACUAGUGUGUCUGAGAAUCUGUUAAGUUCGUGUGCUGAAGAAAGUGUUUCUGCAUUACGCCACAUUGGCGUCCAAUGUGAUGGACUUGGCUCACCUGGUAUUACUGAAACCACUGUGCCACAAGAAAAUUCUGAUGAGCAAAAGAAUGAUUUGCCAGAGCACUUCUUGAGGCAGAACAAUGAGCUGGAGGAUGCAGUCACGAAUUUUCCAGGCUCUAAUCCCAGAUAUCAGCACCUACUAAAUGAGCUGGUUCGGAAUCCUGGGCUUAUUGGAGGAAACUUGUUCCCUGACAUGCACCCUCACGAGCAGUUACUAACCAUUAUGGAGGGAGAUUACAUAGAACUGGAUGAUCUUCUUGUCGAUCUUCCAAGGGAAACACAUUAGUAGGGAUUAGUUCUGUUGAACUUGUGGAUAUUAGUCCAAGCCAAUAGGCUGCUCCAUUUGCCUAGAAUCCAUGUACUGGAAUGAGACUGUUUAAUCCCUUUUGUAAGGGAAAAACAUGAUGAGACUGUUAAGAACCAAGCUUUGUACAUCCACUCAAGCGAACUAUGAUAUUACUUUCAAAUUUCAAUGUUCAAUGGAGACAUACAUCAUGGCUAGAUGAAACUGCAGCUUGAGGUAAGCUUUCAACUUCAUAAGCUCUUAUUCCAGUUUUCAUCCAGGAGAAAACAAUAGACAACAUGGUUCAAUGUUUGCUGUUCUUGUGCAGAUUUUUUCUCAAGCCUGCAACACACCGAUCCUCAUUCACGGGUUGUGAUAUGUUGAAUUGUACUCUGUGAGAAGAUGAAACGGGAGGAACGGGGGAAGAAGAGUUGUUCACUUCUGUAAGCUGCCUUUUCUAUCUGGGUUUACCAUCUUGUGCUGGCUGCUGUUUUGGUGCAGUGAUCUCAGUUCUUUGCAUCAAUGACUGAAAUCACGCCUCACAAAUUGCCCUGCUUAUAGGUUUGUUAGUAUAUUACAUUUGUAACAAGCUACUGCACUGGGUAUUAUUUACUUAGAGAGGCCCUUGGAUCAGAAACCUUAGAUGUCAUUUGCUUAUGACUCACCUUGGUUAGGCAAAUCACUACAACGGAAGAAAGUAGCUUGGAUCUCACACCAACCCAUAUGAGUUCUUUGCUUGUACUUUGUUGGAUAAUAGUCAUAAUCUACCAUGGUUUAUGUGACAGGGCAAUUGAAUGAACAUCAUAUUAGCCAUCUCUUAUUUUCUGGGCUCCUGGGGUUAAUUCCCCUGUUGCUGCAGUUACAGAGUUACCCUAAAGGAAGGGUUCAAGUUAGUCUUUACAUUCAUGUGACAAUGUGAAUGCGGUGGUAAUGCACAUGACAAUACUGCGGCUGGCGGAUGGGGUAAGUUAUGGAGCAGCGGGAAGGUGAAGUUUGUUGCUUUGUUAGUAAUAUUUUCAUUUUAUUAAGCUGGCAGUGGUGGCAGGCAGGCAGCUACCUUGCUAGCUAGCUUUCAAGUUUCCCAAGUCGUCCUCUUUUUUAUUUUAAAGAAAGUCCCCAUGUGGUUGGGAAACACCCUACAGCUGUGCCAAUUUUCACGAUGAAUUUCUUAAAUGUGCAUGAUGUUCUUUUCUGUGUGUUGAUGUUGUUCAAGCCUAGGGUAGGAUAAAGGAUUGAUGGGCAGGAACAGUAGAUUUGGUUGGCCUCUUCUCUUAUUCAAAUAAACCACAGGAUCAAGCAUUUGAAGUGGUCUUGCAUAUAGAGAACUUACCACCCAUAUGACAGGUUUGUUUGGACCGGACCGUCUGAUUGCUCCUCCGGAUUGUAAAAUCGUAUUAGAGGCUGUAGCUAAAAGCAAAGAGGUCAUUACAUGAGCUGUGAGGUGGGGUUUGGUUGGGUGCAUAAGCAAAGCAUUUAUUAGAUUAGAUGGUUGACACCUAGAAAUACCCAAAAACACACAAACAUUGGGUGCGUUAUGUAGUAAGCAAUGGUAGGGUGGAAAUUUGGUUUUGUUUAUGCUUUUUAUGUAUCGGGGGAGGGAGAGGGACUGACAUAUGGGGACUAUGGGAGGGACACUUUUUGUUUGUGGGUGCCAAUUAUUAAUGCAAUAUGCUGAGAGAGGGAGAUGGGGGGAAGAAAUGAAUUUGGAGGAAGAAAGGGUUGCAUUCGUCAAAGCCUCUCUUUCUACAACUCAAUGAUUUAUUAAUGCAGCAAAACAUAGCAUCCUCCUAGGGUUGUUUCCUUCAUGUAUUUGAAAGUAACAAAUAUGUGAGAUUCCCGAAUUUUGAGGGUUGAGAUUUUGAAAUUCAUCGUUUGUGGCCAAUUAUCUCUUUUAUUUUCUUUCUUUUUUCAUACCAAUGAGGACAAUAAAAGACAAUUUCAAAACUCAUCGGGUGUUAAUAAAAUCUUCAUUUUUCAAAUCCACGUAGCAAACGACCCUUCUUUUCGUCUGAAUCUCUAAUUCUAUUCUCUAGUCCUUCUAAACUAUGUCUCCAAUUCUAUCAAAAUCUAUCUUUUUAUUUAUUUAUCUUAGAAAUUUAUGUGCAUAGCCAUGCAACUUAUUGAUAGUAAAAAUCAUGACAUAUAUCCUUGUCUGAUUAGCUACCGAUGUGGAGAUGCGAAAACCAUAGCUCUAUACAACGAGCCGAACCUGUAUUGAAUUUGACGGGGUUCAAAUGAAGCGGCAUCAUUCUG